UUGGGCUGCAGGGAAUGCGAAUUAUCAGAAUCAACGAGAAGCAGAUUUACUGGACGGGAUUUUGAAGUGCUCGUUGCUGAAGCACUUCGCAACAUAUUAGGCUUGGCAGCGCCGAGCUAUACCCUCGGUGAUUUUGACGAGACUGCUCAGAAAGGCUCACUGAUUGUCCGGGCAUCCGAUGCCAAUCUCGUCUGGUCAGCGCUUUCACUUCACGGCCAGCACUUUGGCAACGCUGUUGCUGUGCAUUUCAUUGCGGUUAGGGGUUCGAAAGGAAUUGGAAAAGCGAUUGCAUUAGCGUUUGUUCGCAGUGGUUGUUCGGUGUCCAUAGUGGCGCGAGAUGCGCUAAAGCUCGAAUCUUCGUGCGUCAAACUGAAUAACUUCGCCCGAAAUGGUGCUGUUGCAAAAUACUACACUGUGGAUAUUACUGCUGGCUACGAGGCGAUUGAGGCGGUGAUGAGGAAGGCUGAAAUCGAUCUGGGCCAUAUCGAUGUAUUGGUGAAUAAUGCUGGGUGCUCCGUGCAAGAUCGAUUUGAAUUGCUUGAUCUUUCCGCAUUCGAGAAACAAAUGCACUUGAAUUAUUUAAGC